GAUUGUUAUUCAUUCAAAAACUUAACCAAAUAUCAUUCACAAUAGAUAAAAGCUUUCACACAUUGUUUUCCUUUCCGAUUUUAUUAAACCUAAGUGCCAUGUCUUCCGAGGCAAUGAAGCCAAACCCACCUUCUAUUGAAGGGGAGGGGCUCAGACAGAUAGACCGUGAGACUAAAGAGAUGGUUAAUGCAAUUACCUCUCGCAUGAAUGAUCUUCAUCAGAUCCAAAAGUCGGGAGCAAGUGGGCCCCUUGGUCCCCACAUGGGGGAUGAGGAUGAAAACGGAGUUAGAAUCAUCACAAUUUCUGGGACCAACACAGGAGCUACCAUGAGGGGUGAUUUGUUGGAUCGCCAUCAUAAGCAGCAGCAUGACGAUCAUGAGGAAUUGCCUGGUGAUGAUCAGCCUGAAAGUUUGGACACUUAUGUGAACAGCAACUUCCAGGCUGUCAACAACUCCAUCAUGUUUGGUGGUACCUACGCUAGCAAUGAUCCAGGUGUUCACAUGGAAAUCGUUGAUAUGAUAGACACCAAUGGACGGAGGGUUGAGAAGCAAGGGAGGAGAGGAUUACGAAAGGGGAAGGAGCCUGCUCAAGGCAAUCUACAGAAUGAGUUUUCUGAAUGAUCGUGUGACAAGAAAUCAAAUAUGACCAAAUAAUUCUGUUGUUUGUAAUUUCUAUAUAUAUUCAGCUUCUGAUAUGUUACAUGAUAGAAGUAAUGAUGAUACAACUAAGUUUUAUAUAUAGAUUACCUAAAGAAUGUGAGGAUGUAUUACUUGAUGAGUUGAGUAGCUCUUGAUUCUGUUACCUGUACCUGUUAUUAAGAGUUGUACCUCUAUAUACAAAAUAAUGGCAAUUUCUAGCUUUCCUCAGUUUUAA